AAGGAAGUUAAACUGCCUGGACUUUGAUAAGAAGCGCUUUCGUGAGGUUUCGCUUUAGGAUCCUGUCUAGUAAUCAGGUGCGGAACAGGUUAACCAUAUUAACUGCUCCGGAGGAAAGCACGGCGCGACUUCAAGUUAUGUUCUAUGGAUGAGACUUUGAAAAAAACAUGCCCUUGUCUGCGGACACUUUGUGAAACACUUUUUGGCAGUUCAAAGGACGAUGGCGUUGAAAAUCGUGAUGGCAAUGGUGACAGCGAGUUUGGAGGUUCCAGUAAAAGAGACGAGGAGAUUAAUGUGGUGUCCAAUCAACGAUACGCACUGCGCCCAAAAGCAUUACUUCCAAAGCCCGUGGAGAGUGAUAUUUACACGGCAAUGUGGGAAUUCGAAUCUCGAGCAGAUGAGGAAUUAUCGUUUCAAGAGGGAGACCUGUUCAAUAUUAUUGACCGGUCUGGAGACUGGUGGACUGCCAGGAAAGUUGACCGAAAUGGCCGCAUAUUAGCAACUGGCAUCGUUCCGUACAAUUAUUUGGCGAGAGGAGAAUCUGUAGAGGCCCAACCGUGGUACUUUGGGAAAAUUAAUAGGCUUGAAGCCUCAAGUCAACUCCUGGCUUCAGAGAACGAUGAAGGAGCAUUCCUGGUACGGAUGAGUGAGAGAGAAAAUGUUGGCUAUGUGUUAUCAGUUAAGGUACACAAUGAAGUGAAACACUUCAAAAUCUAUCAGAAUGAGGAGCAGCUCUAUGUGGAAAAAACUGAAAGAUUCACCAGUCUAAUGGACCUGGUGGACCACUUCAAGUCUCACCCCUUAGGGGUUUCUGUGCAGAGGCUUGGCAAUGCUUGUGCAAAGAAAGAACCAAAGCCUCAAGACCUGUCCCACUCUACAGUGGAUGCAUGGGAGCUCCCCAAAGAGGAGUUCACCCUUGGGGAACUGCUAGGCAGUGGCUACUUUGCUGAUGUGCACAGAGGGAAGUGGAAAAACCAAAUCAACGUUGCCAUUAAAAUCCUGAAAAAUAAUGAGGCCCUGAAGUACGCAGAGUUCCAGAUGGAGACUCAGAUAUUGAAAAGGCUGCGCCACAAACACUUGAUCUCACUCUUUGCCAUCUGCAGCGCUUCGCCCCCCUAUUACAUCAUCACUGAGUUGAUGGAGAAGGGCAGCCUGCUCAGCUUCCUGCGAGGCCCAGAGGGAGGAAGCCUGGAUCUGGUCAGUCUGAUUGAAAUGGCUGUCCAAGUGGCUGAAGGGAUGGCCUAUCUGGAGUCCGAGAACAGUAUUCACAGGGACCUGGCAGCCCGCAAUGUCCUGGUUGGGGAGAACAAUAUCUGCAAAGUGGCUGAUUUUGGACUGGCUCGAAUUGUUAAGGAGCCAUUUUAUGUAAGUGACGACAAGAAGAUUCCCUAUAAAUGGUGUGCGCCAGAAGCCAUCAGCCAUGGACGAUUCUCCGUUAAAUCGGAUGUUUGGUCAUUUGGGGUUCUUCUCUAUGAAAUAUUCACCUAUGGUGGAACCCCAUAUCCAGCCUACACCAACAUGGAGGUAUACCAGGUCAUAACAUCAGGCUACAGGAUGCCUGCCCCACCCCAGUGUCCUGAGAGCAUUUACGAGAUCAUGCUGUCCUGCUGGCGCGAUGCUCCGGAGGAUCGUAUCAGUUUCAGCCUCCUGAAAUGCACCCUAGGGAACGCCUAUGAAUUGGAAUAGACCCACGGAGGACUGCAGUUAUAAUACAAGCCACAUGGGGGCAGCAAAGAAAACAUUCCGCGAGGACAGAAGUAGGCCCUCGUUCCCAUGGAUUAGAGCUGGAAGAUGGGCCUUAGGGGGUUUCCCUUCUGCCUUUUUCCAAAUUAUUGUCAGUCAUUUGGCAUAAAGUUCUGUCAGCAUGUCCACUUGAUUCUAUUAGUCUGACCUGAAAAUACCACUGCAUUCCAGUCCCAGUCAUAUCAUAACUGUAUGGGUAUUUUAGAUAAUAGAUAGUGAUAAUUUGGUACACAAAGGAUACCUUGGAAAUUGGAGGUACAGGGAAUUAGUUGACAAGGCCACAGAUGUGACUGGCAUUGUCUUGCGACAGUUUAAUGACUCGACAGUUUAACCGAAUCAUUUGUACAUCAUGUAUUGUCUCCAAUAUGUUACUGUUAAAUUUAAAAAUGAAUUGUGAGUUUUAUUAAACACUUUGAUGAAGAGGUUUUUAUUGUUGUUGCUUUGUCAACUAAUCUCAGUCAUAUCUCAGUACUGUAUGGGCAUUUUAGAUAAGAGAUUGCGAUAAUUUGGUACAAAAUGGAUAGCUUCGAAAUUGGAGGUACAGGGAAUUAGUUGACAAGGCCACAGAUGUGACUGGCAUUGUCUUGUGACAGUUUAAUGAUUCAACAGUUUAACCGAAUCAUUUGUGCAUCAUGUAUUGUCUCCAAUAUGUUAGUGUUAAAUUAAAAAAUGAAUUGUGAGAUUUAUUAAACACUUUGAUGAAGAGGUUUUUAUUGUUGUUGCUUUGUAAACUAAUCUCAGUCAUAUCUCAGUACUGUAUGGGCAUUUUAGAUAAGAGAUUGUGAUAAUUUGGUACACAAAGGAUAGCUUGGAAAUUGGAGGUACAGGGAAUUAGUUGACAAGGCCACAGAUGUGACUGGCAUUGUCUUGUGACAGUUUAAUUAUUCAACAGUUUAACCGAAUCAUUUGUGAAUCAUGUAUUGUCUCCAAUAUGUUACUGUUAAAUUAAAAAAUGAUUUGGUUAAAUA